AGCUUUGUGCCGCUGAUGUGCAGUGGGCGGAGGAACGGAGCGGGACGGAGGAAGGAGGAGGGCGCAGAGGAGGAGACGCGGCGGCGGAGCGAGGACGGACGCAGCUGCGGCGCUGGGAGGACGCACGCGCUGUCGUUUCGCGUGGACGAAGAAAGAGAAAGAGAGCGAGAGAAGCAGCGAGGUCAACGACUUCCCGGGAAGCGCACUUUGUUUGACCGCGUCCCCGCAAAAAUGUGUACCCCGUGUUGUGUGUCGCAGCUGGCCUGCUGCUGUGGCUCAGCAGCCUGCUCAUGUUGCUGUAAUUGCUGCCCCAAAAUCAAACAAUCCACAGGAACCCGAUUCAUGUACGCCCUCUACUUCCUGUUGGUCACUAUCAUCUGUGGCAUCAUGAUGUCCCCCACUGUGGAACAGCAGUUAAGAGACCAUAUCCCCUUCUACAGUGAAUUGUGCCACAAAAUGAAUGCAGGAGAAAACUGCAAGAACCUGGUUGGCUACUCCGCUGUCUACAAGGUGUGCUUCGGCAUGGCCUGCUUCUUCCUCUUAUUUGCCAUCUUCACAAUAAGAGUCAACAACAGCACAGGCUGGCGGGCAGCUGUACAUAAUGGGUUCUGGUUCGUGAAGUUUGUUGUGCUGGGAGCUUGCUGUGCAGGAGCCUUCUUCCUCCCUGAAGAGGAAACAUUUCUGAACGUGUGGCGCUAUGUUGGAGCUACUGGUGGAUUCUGUUUCCUGGUGAUCCAGCUCAUGCUCUUGGUGGACUUUGCACACAGAUGGAACAAAAACUGGAGUUCAGGAGUGACUUAUAACCGGCUGUGGUAUGCUGCUCUGGCCUUUGUGACUCUGGUGCUGUUCACCAUUGCUGUGGGGGCUCUGGCCUUCAUGGGAUAUUACUACACACACCCUGAGGCCUGUUUGCUCAACAAGACUUUCCUUGGCAUCAAUGGCAUCCUCUGCCUCAUUGUCUCCCUGUUGUCUAUUUCUCCAUUCAUACAGAAAUUGCAGCCCACUUCAGGCCUGUUGCAGCCUGGAGUCAUCAGUGUGUAUGUGAUGUAUCUCACCUUCUCCGCUUUCUCCAGUAAACCAAAAGAAACUGUGGAGAGAGAUGGUAUCAACACAACCGUGUGUGUGUUUCCUAUUAACUCUGGGUCGGAGAGUGACAAGAAGAUUGUCACUGGUGUGGGAGCUCUUAUCCUGUGUGCCUGUGUUAUUUAUUCUUGCUUGACGUCCACCACCAGGCGCAGCUCUGCAGCACUCAGAGUGUAUAGUAACAGUGAGCCGGAGACUGAGAGAGCGCGGUGCUGGUUCUGUUGGGGAAAUGACACAGAUUACUAUGACGACGAGAUAACCAGUGCAGGCCAGGGCGUCUUGUAUGACGAGCGUGAGGGAACCAUCUACAGCUACUCCUACUUUCACUUUGUCUUCUUCCUGGGAUCCCUUUAUGUCAUGAUGACCAUUACGAACUGGUUUCAUUAUGACGACCAUAUGAUCGAGAAGCUGUUGGAGGGGAGCUGGUCAGUGUUCUGGAUAAAAAUGGCCUCCUGUUGGGUUUGCAUGUUUCUCUACAUGUGGACCCUCAUCGCUCCCAUGAUCUGCCCGAAGCGUUUUGAAGCUUGAGACACUCUGGGAUCAGGCUGCUGUGAUUCCUGGGAUAAUUUCUCAUACUGAGCUAAGGGACCACCCUUCAAAAUACCCCACUCCCUUAUUGUGAAACACAACCCAACACUACCCUCAACAUUCAGAUGGAACAUUAGCUGUUGCCUUGGUUUAUAUGAUAGCGUUUACUUCAUUUUAUAAUGUUAAGCUGUUACUACUUUGAAGUUGUUUUUGUGUACUACCAAUGACUUUUUUUUUAAUGUCUUAAUGUUUGAAAUCAACUAAAGGGACAUGUGUUAUGUUAACAAACAAGUCUCCCUGAUUAUCUCAGACUCUUGUGUGUUAGUGUUUUCUUUUAGCCAGCUCAAAUCAAUCUGUACAGUGGGACCACUAAGUUUUAGCAAAGUGUGGGACAAAUUUAUUUAAAAUCACGAGAGAAGUUGUAUUUAAGUAUUUGUUUAGUAAUCAAAGAAGGAAUAUUGUGUAAAUUAAAUUACUUGUCCCUGACUCUGUUUAAAAACUCAUCUCUCAGGCUCACAUUUAAAAUGUACAUGUUUGUGCUUUGUUAUAUUGCGUCCUUUUGUAGAGGUUUUCUAUGCAAAGAACAAGUGCUUGUAGACUCCCUGUGUUGUAAAGUUUCCAUGUAAUAUACAAAGAUAAUAUUUCACACUUUGUUAAUGUCAGCGCUCCCUUUGAGCCAGAUCUUUUCAAAGGAAAAACCAUGUCAUGUACAACAUUUGAUCAUUGCACGAGGCAGCGCUCUUUCCAUCAACCUGCCUUAUAUAGGUCAGUGUUCCGCCGCUUCUCUCAAAGUUGAAGUGUGUUUGCCAAAGGUAGAUGUCAGAAAACAGUCUGCAGAUUGUUUUGUAUGCUUACAUUGAACAGAGAGGGAUGCGUACUUGCAUACACACACACACACACAAAUCAGCUGUUUACUGUACAAUUCUAAAGAUUCAGCUUGUAAUGGUGGUCAGAUUAAGGUAGCCUGAGUCAUUUCAUUAGCGAGUUAUUCAACGCUGGAUGUUGAGUCUCUGCCAGUUCACACAAAGAUCUGUUACCUGUGUAACUGUUUUUAUACAAUUUUAAAAUAUAUACAUGUUCUACAUAUUGUAAAUUGUCAUCUGCAAGUGCUUUCUUAUUCAUCAGUUAACCAGUAUGUUGUUGCCUUUUGUCUAAUUGUAUUCCUAACAUAAUGUACGUGUGCAUUGUUACUUUUGCAACCUGUGGAAUUUUCUGUUUACUUUGAGUUACACCGGAAAAAUCUGCCAAUUUCUUUCCUACAUUUUAAGUAUUGGUUUGAAUGUAGAAAUAAAACUGGUGCUCAACAGCUUUAUCUGACAAAAACAAAUGUAUCAUCAGGCAGCAAGGCCCACUAUGAAGGCUAUAAGAUAUUGUAACCCACAAUUUUAACUUAGUAGUGUGUUUAAAGUGCAGGUGUUUGCCAUGUGAUUCAUAUUAUUCAAAGCUUCAAUAAAACAUCCAAUAAACGCCA